AUGACAGGACACUUGCAAAAGGUGUGCCUGAGAGCGAAGAGGGAAAAGAAUACCAAAUCGGAGACACAUUUACUCGAGCAAAAUACGCGACCUGUAGCAGGAGGUCCAAACAAAAGUGAUAUUGUGACACUGGAAGAAGUUUGCAAGUUGGAGGAAACGUGCACACCUUCUACCUCUAAAUUUUAUUUAGACAUGCUAGUGAAUAAGGUAACCAUUCGUUUCGAAGUAGAUACAGGAGCUCCAGUCACAAUUAUUAGUACAGAAGAUAAGAAAAAUUUGUUUCGUGCGGAGAAACAUUUACCAUCUGAUCUCGAGUUAGUUAGCUAUUGUAAUAGUCGUAUCUACGUCGAGGGUAUGCUAAAAAUUACUGCAGAAUACCGUGAACAAUCGUUCAUGCUGCCACUAUACGUGUCGAAUGUACGAAAACAACCUCUACUGGGCCGACAGUGGAUCACGGCGAUGCAAAUCGAUCUCAAUGACGUUGCGUUCGCUGGUGUUCACACAGUGAACAGUGUUGCUACUAAUGCCGUGCCGAAAAUUACUCCUACAUUUGUUAGAUCGCUAGUGGGAAAGUAUGCUAAUGUUUACGAUGAAUCCAUCGGAAGGAUCAAAGGUUUGCAAGCUAGGUUAUGUUUGAAACCGAAUGCAAGACCAGUAUAUGUGAAAGCGCGUCAAGUUCCGUUUUCUUUGCGAGAUGCUGUCGAAAAGGAACUAGAUCUUCUAGUUGAGAACGGAGUCCUGGAGAAGGUAAACCACAGUGCGUGGGCAACACCGGUUGUUGCAAUAAUGAAGUCCAACAAUAGAGUGAGGCUAUGCGGUGAUUAUAAGGUCACGGUGAAUCCGAACCUUGAAAUUGACGACCAUCCAUUACCGACAAUUGAAGAACUUUUCGCCAGUGUUGCUGGAGGGGAGAAGUUCACCAAAAUCGAUUUGACUCAGGCCUACUUGCAAUUGGAGGUUGAGGAGGGUGAUCGUGAGGUACUAACUCUAAGUACGCAUAGAGGUUUGUAUCGGCCAACACGUCUAAUGUAUGGCAUUGCAUCUGCGCCUGCAAUUUGGCAGAGAUUGAUGGAAGAAGUGCUGAACGGGAUUCCUGGAGUUACCGUCUUCUUGGAUGAUAUUCGAGUCACGGGACCGAAUGACUUCAUUCAUCUACAGCGAUUAGCAGAAGUACUAAAAAGGCUGAGUACGUACAAUAUGCGAAUUAACAUUGCCAAAUGUCAGUUUUUCGAAAAAAAGAUCGAGUACUGUGGAUAUCUGAUUAAUAAGGACGGUAUUCACAAAGUUCCAAAGAAAAUUGAUGCAGUUCAGAACAUGCCAGUGCCGCGAAACAAGGAUCAAGUCCGUUCAUUCAAGGGAACACCCGAUACCAUUGUUGAGGAGACGGAUUAUUUGGAGGUGAACAUUAUUGAUACGUUGCCAAUAACCGUAGAAGAGCUUGCGAAAGCUACUGCUUCAGAUUCUACUGUGAAAAUAUUAGUGCAAGGUUUACGGAACGGAAAAUCUGUGGAACCUAGAGAUCGCUUUGGAGUAGAUCAAAUGGAGUUUACGUUACAAAAAGGAUGUAUCAUGCGAGGAAUUAGAGUCUAUAUUCCACCAAGUUUGCGGAACAAAGUAUUAGCAGAACUCCACUCGACUCACUUUGGAAUUACCAGAUUGAAGGUUCUAGCUCGUGGCUACGUUUGGUGGGAAGGAAUAGACAGAAACAUCAAGGACCUGGUGCGCAACUGCAGUUUGUGUCAAUCUACUCAUGCUGAACCGUCGAACCAACGCAUUGUUGGGAACCUCCUGCAAAACCGUUCGAACGAGUACAUGUUGACUUUGCUGGACCGUUUAUGA